CUCCUUUCCCGCUGCCCACCGGCAGCAUCGGUAGGAGCACCUAACUCUCGCCAACAAACCACGGGCAUCUUGACGAGCUCCAUUUACCUCCAUCGCCAGCUCAACGCCUGCAAAUCAUCGGUCUGAAACGGGCAGACGAUUGCAACCAUGGCCGCGAGGGGCGUUUCGGUGCUCAAGUUUGUCGGCACCGUGUCGCUCGGUCUUCUGACGGGCCUCUCAUACACCCUCUCUUCUCUUACCAUCCCCGCGCUCUUGACUCUUCCAUCCGCAGGCGCCGCUGCGCGGGCCUUCGACACCCUCACCACCUCGGCGACACGCCACCUCCGCUCGCUCGCCGUCGUCUCCUCCUCGGCCUUCGCCCUCGCCUACUUGCUCUCCCCGCGCCCGCUCCGCCACCCCUACCUGCUCUACGCCUCGGCGCUCGUCCUCAGCUCGCACCUUGCCGCGUCCGACUUCGUCGCACCGCACCUGUUUGCGCUGGGCUCCGCCCGCCCGUCGUCGACGACUUCCGCCAGGCAGGAGAAGCAAAGAGAGGGGGAGAGGCGCGCCGCGGCCAGGGCGAGGAUGGAGGCCAGUUAUGAGGUGCUCGGCGCCGGCGUGUCGGAUGUGCACAGCGAGGGUAGCGUUGGCGAGGAGCUGGACAGCGAGGAUGUGGCGGACGUGAACGGGGAGGAGGUCCGGGCGGAAGUGGAGGACUUCCUCAAGAAGCAGGUCGUGAGGGGCGCGCUCGCCGGGCUGGGCUUCUUGCUCUCAGUGGUGGGGAUCUGGGGUGACGGGGUCGGCCCGGUAUAUACCGGGCAGACCGUUGUUUUUGAGAUCUGAGGUGCGGUAGUAUUUGCUUGCUGCUCGGGUAAAGGAGCUCUCCGGUUAGGUAUUUUGCUGGGGUCCGAUCACGCAUGGCUGGCUGGUUUUCAACAAGGUGUUGUGGAGCUUAUUUUCUUCCAUUCUGUCAGUGAGAGCCUACUACUCUCGGGGUUUUGUGCAAAAAAGAAACCUUGGGACGCUUGCUGCUAUCCUAUUUGACAGAUUGUAUCUACAAAACAAUCGGAAUCGGCAUCAUUGGAUUGGCUAUAGCGCCUCACUUGCUGGCCGUUCGGGCGAGGGGAUGUGUUCUUUAUGUCAAAUAUUUCUCUGG